GUUCUGAAGCAGCUGCCGGUGCGCAUCGAGUGCGCAACCACAUACGGCGACCGGCUGCUGCUGGGCACGUCGACGGGGGCGCUGCUCGUCUACCGCAUCACCGAGCCAACACCCACGCGCGCACUAUCAGUCACUCUACUGGACACAAAGAAGGCGUUCGCGCGGCGCGCGGUCGAGCAGCUGGAGGUAAUCAAAGAGGCCAACGUUCUGGUAUGUCUCUCUGACAGCCUAGUCACGCUAUAUGACCUGCAGACACUCAGCGACACAACUCCGCUCAACAACACCAAGGGCGCGAGCCUGGUGGCCGUGCAUACAAGCGUGGACCACAUCGACGGGAUUCCGACGCUGGUGUCGAAGCUGGCGGUGCAUGCGAAGCGGCGCGUGCUGGUGUUUGAGUGGCGGGACGCAGAGUUCUACAAGUCGUUCGAGUACUCGGCUGCAGAGCGGAUAAUAGCAAUGCAGUUCUGCGCAUCGAAUCUGCUGGCGCUGUCGUCGGCCAAGGAGUUUCUGACGCUGCAGCUGCCGGAGGGCCAGUGGGACGACCUGUUUCCAGCGGAUACUCAGCCGCCCGUGGGCAUCACAUACACAUCGGCAUAUGUCGUGGCCGUGUCGCAGGCCCCAGCCGCGGAGGGCACAAGACACAACGUGGAAGUGCGCAAUAUUGCCACGCAGGCGCUGGUGCAGACGCUGCUGCUGUCGGAGGAAGAGCCGCUGCGUGCGCUGAACGGCGCUGGCGGCAAGCAGGUGUGGGCGAUUGGCCAGCGCACAGUAUGGCGGCUGAUGCCGGCGCCCAUCGAGCAGCAGGUCGAGGAGGUGCUGAAGGCGGGCCAGUACGACGAAGCCCUGUCGCUGGUGGCCCAGGCAGACAACAUCCUGGAGGACGAGAAGGACGACCUGACGCUGAAGAUCCGCUGGCUGCGUGCGCGCUGGCUGUUCCGCGACCAGGCGCAGUACGAGGAGUCGCUCAACGAGUUUGCUGAGCUGGGCGCCACGCCCACCGAGGCCAUUGCGCUAUGUCCCGAGCGCAUUGCAGGAGAGCUUGCCGAGGAGUAUAGUGACGAUGGUACCAGCACUGACACUACACCAGAAGCUGCCGAGGCUGGCAUCCAAAAGGACACAAAGAAACGCAAGCAGGUCGUGUCAGAGGAUGGGUCCUCAAAGUUCCCUUCACGCGAUGCUGACAGAGACGACACCACGCCACACGUGCGUCUGAAGCGCCUAAACUUUUCGCUGCAGCGCAUGCAGAUCCCGGUUGCUGCCAUGGCUCAGGUCGUCGAUACCACAUUGCUCAAGGUGUAUCUGGAGUGCAGCCCUGGUCUGCUUGGUCCGCUGCUGCGGGUCAAAAACUUUUGCGAUGUUGAGCAGAGCGAGCAGCUGCUUUUGGAUGCCCAAAAAUACCCGGAGCUGGUUGAUCUGUACCACGGCAAAGGUCUGUACCGCAAUGCUCUGCAAUUGUUGCAGUCUCGUGGCCAGGAUCCUAGCGCAGGGCUUCUAUACGGCACAUACUCAACCGUGCGCUACCUGCUGCGCCUGCCAGCCGACCAGUUCGAGCUAGUGCUCAGCUACGCCAAAUGGCCACUGCAGAACCGCGACACAGCAGACCUGGAUGCCGAGGAUUGGCCCGCACCCGAAUCUGUGGUAUCGACAGUGUUCGCUGACGACCGGCCGGCUGCUACUGCGUUCCCACGCGCCCGUGUCGCCUUGUUCCUGCGGGAUUUCUCGCCCUCCCUGGUUGUCCAGUAUCUGAAAUACGUGUUUGAGACGUGGGAUGACUCGACCACUGGUCUGCAUGACGAUAUGAUCACUGCCUACCUCGACAUGUCUCCCCGUCUGAUCGUCUCGCGCGACGCUGAGCCCCGCCGUAGUCUGCAACUGUUUUUGAGAUCCAGCCAGCACUACUCGCCGGAGCGCGCGUUGGCUAGAUUGCCGGAUGACGGGCUGUUUGAGGAGCGCGCGUUAGUGCUGGGAAGGCUUGGCCGGCAUCGCCAUGCGCUGAACAUCCUAGUGUACAGCGUCGGCGAUCUGCAGUUAGCUGAGCAGUACUGCCUGGAUGCAGCCAGCGCUGGUGUGUUUGUUGAGUUGGACCUUGAAACCGUCCGCAAACACCUGCACCGUGAUUUUGCCGGGCACCUUCUGUCUGUCUAUCACCAUUAUAUCCCCGCCAACAAGGCUCUGCAGAUGCUGCCCUCCGACAUGCCCUUCACCAGCUCCAUCAGUGACUACCUGCGCAAGCAGCUAUGCACGCUAGAUGAGAAAGUGCGGGCCACAGACAUUGUGCACAACCUGCGCCAGGCUGAGGACUUGCAGGCGCGCCGGCGUCUGGGCGCAAUGCAGGCGAAACGCGUGAUAAUCACCGAGACCCGUACCUGCCCGCACUGUCUGAAGCGGAUC